AUGAGUUCGAGCGCACGAGAAAACUCGUUGGAUAUAGGCAACUUGAGGUACUCCGAUAGAAGCAACAGUGACAGAAGCAACAGCAGCCACUCUGAGAGUAGGGGAAGGUUCUUAUCGUUGCGCAGAUCUACUAGCGUCAUUGAACAGCAUCCCAUCACGGCAAUCGCAGAAGAAGGCGACAGAAACGAUGAACAAGCGGAAGAAGUGGCCGCAUCACGAGGGGAACUGCAGAAAACGAAAAAAGAGCUUGACGACAAGAUGGACAUGGUGCUCUUGCUUUUACGCAAGAUGCAGCCAACGCCAACGCCAGCGGAACGCGAUUCUGAUUCCCCCAAUCUACCUGAUUUUGCUGCGUAG